CGGCGCUGCGAGUGACGAAGGACCCAACAAACGGCGGCUCGUCGUCGGCUUCCUGGAGAAUCAGAGAAAACAGUUUGAAUCAAUGAAACUUUAUCCAGCAGAAAUCCGACGCAUCUUAUUUAACACAGCGUGUUAGCCGGGCCAAGCGCUCAGUUUGCUGCCCCUGAAGGACCUUGUGGGGAAGGAGCCACAGAGAAGGAGCCAUGUUCCUGUACAACAUCACCCUUCAGCGCGCCACUGGCAUCACACAUGCCAUCCAUGGAAACUUCUCAGGAACCAAGCUGCAGGAGAUUGUUGUUUCCAGGGGAAAGAUCUUGGAAAUAAUACGUCCAGAUGCCAACACAGGAAAGGUGCACACUCUGCUCACAGUGGAGGUGUUUGGCAUCAUAAGGUCUCUGAUGGCAUUCAGACUCACAGGAGGAACCAAAGAUUACAUCGUUAUCGGAAGUGACAGUGGUCGCAUUGUCAUCCUGGAAUAUCAUCCAUCAAAAAACAUGUUUGAGAAGAUCCACCAGGAAACCUUCGGGAAGAGCGGAUGUCGGCGUAUUGUUCCCGGACAGUUUCUGGCUGUCGACCCAAAGGGCAGAGCCGUUAUGAUAGGAGCAAUCGAGAAACAGAAGCUGGUUUAUAUUCUGAACAGAGAUGCAGCAGCGAGGCUGACCAUCUCCUCCCCACUGGAAGCACACAAAGCGAACACACUGGUUUACCACGUAGUCGGAGUCGACGUUGGCUUUGAGAAUCCCAUGUUUGCGUGCUUGGAAAUGGACUAUGAGGAAGCUGACAACGACCCAACAGGAGAAGCUGCUGCCAACACGCAACAGACUCUCACCUUUUACGAGCUGGACCUCGGCUUGAAUCACGUGGUCCGCAAGUACAGCGAGGCUCUGGAAGAGCACGGAAACUUCCUCAUCACCGUUCCCGGUGGUUCCGAUGGGCCCAGUGGAGUUCUGAUCUGCUCAGAAAACUACAUCACUUACAAGAAUUUUGGAGACCAGCCUGACAUCCGCUGUCCUAUUCCACGACGCAGGAAUGACUUGGAUGACCCGGAGCGUGGAAUGAUCUUUGUCUGCUCAGCCACUCACAAGACCAAGUCUAUGUUCUUCUUCCUGGCCCAGACGGAGCAGGGAGACAUCUUCAAGGUUACUCUGGAGACAGAUGAAGAAAUGGUCACAGAAAUCAGGCUGAAGUACUUUGACACGAUCCCGGUUGCAACAGCCAUGUGUGUUCUGAAGACUGGCUUCCUGUUCGUUUCUUCAGAGUUUGGAAACCAUUACCUUUACCAGAUCGCUCACCUGGGUGACGAUGAUGAAGAACCUGAGUUCUCAUCUGCGAUGCCACUGGAAGAGGGAGACACCUUCUUCUUCCAGCCUCGUCCCCUCAAGAACCUUGUGCUGGUGGACGAACAGGAGAAUUUAUCACCCAUCAUGUCCUGUCAGAUUGCUGAUUUGGCCAAUGAAGAUACACCUCAGCUGUAUGUGGCCUGUGGACGAGGACCCAGGUCUACUCUCAGGGUCCUUCGUCACGGACUGGAGGUUUCAGAGAUGGCUGUGUCCGAGCUGCCCGGUAACCCCAAUGCUGUGUGGACAGUGCGUAAACACGUGGAUGACGAGUUUGAUGCCUACAUCAUCGUGUCUUUCGUCAACGCCACUCUGGUUCUGUCCAUCGGAGAGACUGUGGAGGAAGUGACAGACUCUGGGUUUCUGGGAACAACCCCCACCCUGUCCUGCUCACUGCUUGGUGAAGACGCAUUGGUGCAGGUCUACCCAGAUGGCAUCCGCCACAUUCGAGCAGACAAGCGUGUGAAUGAGUGGAAGACUCCUGGUAAGAAAACCAUUGUCCGCUGCGCCGUGAACCAGCGGCAGGUGGUGAUCGCCCUCACUGGAGGGGAACUUGUCUACUUUGAGAUGGACCCGUCUGGCCAGCUGAACGAGUACACAGAGCGGAAAGAGAUGUCCGCAGAUGUGGUUUGCAUGAGCCUGGCUAACGUUCCACCUGGUGAGCAGCGCUCCCGGUUCCUGGCGGUUGGACUCGUCGACAACACUGUUCGAAUCAUCUCCCUGGACCCUACAGACUGUCUGCAGCCGUUGAGUAUGCAGGCCCUUCCCGCCCAGCCGGAGAGUCUGUGUAUUGUAGAGAUGGGAGGUGUUGAGAAACAAGAUGAGCUUGGAGAAAAGGGAACCAUUGGAUUCCUCUACCUCAACAUUGGACUUCAGAACGGUGUGCUACUGAGAACUGUUCUGGACCCAGUCACCGGAGACCUGUCAGAUACACGAACACGCUACCUGGGGUCACGACCUGUCAAACUCUUCAGAGUCAGGAUGCAGGGGCAGGAAGCUGUGCUGGCAAUGUCCAGUCGCUCUUGGCUCAGCUACUCGUACCAGUCUCGCUUCCAUCUCACCCCUCUGUCAUAUGAGACUCUGGAGUACGCCUCUGGCUUUGCCUCCGAGCAAUGUCCAGAAGGUAUAGUGGCCAUCUCCACCAACACACUGAGAAUUUUGGCUUUGGAGAAGUUGGGAGCCGUCUUCAAUCAGGUGGCCUUUCCUCUGCAGUGCACUCCCAGGAAGUUUGUGAUCCACCCGGAGAGCAAUAACCUCAUUGUGAUCGAGACUGACCACAAUGCCUACACGGAGGCGACCAAAGCUCAGCGAAAGCAACAGAUGGCUGAGGAGAUGGUGGAGGCUGCUGGGGAGGAUGAAAGGGAACUGGCCGCUGAGAUGGCCGCUGCCUUCCUCAAUGAGAAUCUCCCAGAAGCCAUCUUCGGUUCACCUAAAGCUGGAGCCGGGCAGUGGGCCUCCAUCGUGCGACUGAUCAACCCCAUACAGGGCACAACAUUGGACCAGGUGCAGCUGGAACAGAACGAAGCCGCUUUCAGUGUUGCAGUGUGUCGCUUCCCCAACACGGGAGAUGACUGGUAUGUUCUGGUGGGUGUGGCCAAAGACAUGAUUCUCAACCCCAGAUCGGCGUCCGGCGGCUUUAUCUACACCUACAGGCUCACCGGUGGCGGGGAGAAGCUGGAGUUUGUGCACAAGACCCCCGUAGAAGAUGUGCCUUUGGCCAUUGCUCCAUUCCAGGGACGAAUUCUGGUGGGAGUUGGUAAACUCCUGAGAAUCUAUGACCUCGGCAAAAAGAAGCUGCUGCGCAAGUGUGAAAACAAGCACGUACCCAACCUGGUGUCUAGUAUCCACACCAUCGGCCAGCGGGUGAUUGUCACUGACGUCCAGGAGAGUCUGUUCUGGGUUCGGUAUCGACGGAACGAGAACCAGCUCAUCAUCUUCGCCGAUGACACGUAUCCCCGCUGGGUGACGACGGCCUGUCUGCUCGACUAUGACACCAUGGCAUCUGCCGACAAGUUUGGGAACAUCAGCAUCGUGCGUCUUCCCCCCAACACCAGCGACGACGUGGAUGAAGACCCCACAGGAAACAAAGCUUUAUGGGACAGAGGCCUCCUCAAUGGAGCAUCACAGAAGGCUGAGGUGAUCGUCAACUACCACGUAGGUGAGACCGUGUUGUCUCUGCAGAAAACCACUCUGAUCCCCGGAGGCUCAGAGUCCCUGGUGUACACCACGCUGUCUGGAGGCAUCGGCAUACUGGUCCCAUUCACCUCACAUGAGGAUCACGACUUUUUCCAGCAUUUAGAGAUGCACAUGCGCUCAGAGUUCCCUCCACUCUGCGGCAGAGACCAUCUCAGCUUCAGAUCCGCCUACUUCCCAGUAAAGAAUGUGAUCGAUGGAGACCUGUGCGAGCAGUUUAACAGCAUGGACCCUCACAAGCAGAAGAGCGUGUCAGAGGAGCUGGACCGGACCCCCCCAGAGGUCUCUAAAAAGCUGGAGGAUAUUCGCACACGUUACGCCUUCUAAUUGUACACAACGACUCCCUUCCCCCCCCCC